AUGGAGGAGGGCGUGGCCGACGCUGCUACGGGUGGAGGGAUGGACGGCGAGGUGGAGGAAGGCCACGACGCUGCACCGGCCUCGUCCUCGGGCGACCAUGGCGGGCAGGCGAAGGGCGGCCAUGGCGGGAUGAAGCAGGACGGUCAAGGCGCGGCGCCGGAGGGCGGCCAUGGCGGGGAGGUGGAGGACAGGCAAGGUGCGGCGUGGGAGGGCGGCCAUGGCGGGGAGGUGGAGGGCGGUCAAGGUGCAGCGCCGGAGGGCGGCCAUGGCGGGGAGGUGGAGGGCGGUCAAGGUGCAACGGCCACAGAUGCAAGUACUCUGGCAUGGCUAGAAGGGAUGGAUCCAAACUCAACUUCUUACUGA